UAUUCCCGUGCGUAAACUGUAAAGUCUCCUGUCAGCUUAAAUUGUGUGAUUUUUUUUAAUUUUUUUUUUCUAAAUUUAAUUCAGUGGCAUUGAUUUGUUUUCAGUCCAUUUUUUUAUAUACAAUGCGAAUCUUUCGAAUGCACUCCUUCAAAAAGAAAGAAAAGGAAUCUUUCUAAUGCAUAAUUAAUUAACUCAGAUACUGGCAAAAGAACUGGACUCUUGAAAAGCAUGCACAUAAGAUUCAAUCGUAUAUUAUUAUAUUAAAGAGACCAGUUUUGGCGGCAUCCUUGGAUAGCACAGGCGAGAUCCUGCUGAAAUGAAGGAGAUACUAAGAGAGCCCAGAGAGGAGCCAUUGAAAAUAUAAACGGGACAAAACUUACUCCGCUACCAACCACGUCCAGCCAAAUUGUCAAAACAAAGGAGAGCGCAUCACACACACCGUCUAUCAUCUGCUAUCCUGCAGCAAUGGCGAGCCGUAAUUUAUCCAGCGUUGGAACUCCAAUUCGGUGUAAAGCUGCGGUUUGUCGUAAACCAGGAGAGCCUCUUGUUAUAGAGGAGAUAUUGGUGGCUCCGCCUAAUCGUCACGAAGUACGAAUUCAGAUUAUUUGCACUUCUCUCUGUCAAAGUGAUAUUACUUUCUGGAGACUUAAGGACUUUCCUGCUGUUUUUCCACGAAUUCUCGGCCAUGAGGCUGUAGGGGUUGUAGAGAGUGUAGGGGAGGAUGUAAAGGAGUUCAAGGAAGGUGAUACAGUUAUUCCUACAUUCUUGCCAGAUUGUGGAGAUUGUACAGAUUGCAUAUCAAAGAAGAGCAACCUUUGUUCAAAACUGCCAUUCAAGGUCUCUCCUUGGAUGCCGAGAUACGAGACUAGUAGAUUUACUGACCUUAACGGAGAGGCUUUAUACCAUUUCCUCUCCGUGUCCAGCUUUAGUCAGUACACUGUGAUUGACAUCGCCCAUCUCACAAAGGUUGACCCUUCAAUCCCUCCAAACAGAGCGUGCCUCCUCAGUUGCGGAGUAUCAACUGGUGUUGGUGCUGCAUGGAGGACUGCAAAUGUGGAGGCAGGAUCAACUGUAGUCAUAUUUGGGCUGGGGUCAAUUGGCUUAGCAGUUGCAGAGGGUGCGAGACUAUGUGGUGCUACUAGAAUUAUAGGCGUUGAUACGAAUCCAAACAAGUUUGAAAUUGGAAAAAAAUUCGGAGUAACAGAGUUUGUUAGUGCUGGAGACUUGGGGAAUAAAUCUGCAAGCCAGGUGAUCAAUGAGAUGACUGGUGGAGGGGCAGACUACUGCUUCGAAUGUGUUGGCUUGGCAUCCUUGGUUCGCGAAGCAUAUUCAUGCUGCCGAAAGGGUUGGGGAAAGACAAUCGUUCUAGGAGUGGACAAACCAGGCGCACAGUUGAGCCUUAGCUCUUUUGAUGUCCUUCAUAGUGGGAAAAUUCUCACAGGAUCCUUGUUUGGAGGUCUCAAAGCUAAAUCUGAUAUUCCAGUUCUCCUAAAGCGUUAUACGGCCAAGUUGGAUGAGUUUGUCACACAUGAGAUAAAUUUCGAAGACAUUAACAAAGCAUUUGAUUUGCUCAUUGGAGGAGAGAGCCUCCGAUGUGUGAUUUGGAUGAACAAAUGAGUAAGUUAUCUUGUAUCUUCACUGUGAAAAAUCUCAUUUGAGCAUCUGCCCUUAUUUGUCAUACGUGUCUUGGGCUUGCUAUUAAAAUAAGUCAAGGCAGUCUCUGUUCUUACAUUGAUGAAGCCACAGGAUUUGAUACCGAGAAGUUUCAUAUUAUUACCAUGUUAAAAGGACUUUUUCUUAUGUGCCAA